GCUCGCACAAACACGCACAUACACACACACUCACACACACACACACACACACACUCCCUCAUACACACACUCCGUCUGCCUGUGUAUCCCCCCCCCCCUCCAACACCAUGGACCGUACAGGAGGGGACCAAUGGAAAGGUCGCGAUUCGGCACCGGGCAAUGGCAGUGACAGUGACAACGUCCGCGCAUCCACAAGCGCACCUAUGACAAGACCGAUGGCGAACAAUGGUAAUCAAGGACGUGAAUGGUCGACAUCGAGUGCGCCGCAGUUUCAGGAGCAGAACGCGCAAGCUCCGGGCGCAUCGGCAAAGUACAUCGCGCCGGCCAAGCUGCUGGCACCGCCACCGUCUGUGCUGGUGUGGCAGGCUGUGGCUGAUAAUGAUGUUGAGGCUGUGCGGUGGUGGAUCGAGUCGACUCGUGUCGCUCCAGGAUCGCCGGAUACCCAUGGAAAUACCGCUGUUCACGUUGCUGCGCAUCACGGCCGUGUUGACAUCCUCAGGAUCCUGCUCGAGUCUGGCGGUUCGCCCGACUUUCCGGAUGCCGCCGGAAACACCCCGCUUCAUCUUGCGGCACACUUUAAUCAUCCGGCUGCGGUGGCGCUGCUGCUGGAGACCCACGCUGUACCGACGCUGCGGAACUCGUUUGGCGCCACGCCGCUCGACGAUACGCCCGACGAUGCCGAGCAAGUCCACACCCUGCUGUUGGCGGCGAUGGAAAACGAGAUUGUGACGCACUACCUGGAAGAUGUUGACAACAGGCGGAAGCGAUACGAAUUUGUUCGGCUGACACUGGUCAACACCGUGCUCACGGUGGCGCAAGGUGCCAUCGGCACUGCAGGCAAAGUUCGCAUCGUCACCUACAAGUCGAUCGAUCGGGCGUACGCUGCACUCGACAAGCGCCUCGAGGGUCUGAUGGCCCGUGGCUGGUCUGAGGCCCGCAUGGGUGCCCGCCUCUACCGCCACACCGUCAACAAGGCCAAGGUCGCCCGCUCAGACAGGCACAUUGCCGCCUACCAGCGGCAGCGCGCUGCGAUCGAAGCUGGCAUGCUGAUUGUCGGCGAGCCGCCGCUGCCCACCGAGGUUGGGGGCGUCGACUGGGCGCCGUUUGAGUCGGAGACCUCGGGCUCUGUCCCGUUCUUCUCCGAGGCCUUUGUCGAGAGCCUUGCGGCUUCACCGCAGUACAUGGCGCGGGCACGCAAGGUUGUUGCCUCGGCCGCCAUGCACCCGCGCUACCGGCGCGGGCCGAUGCUCUCGGCGCUAUGCACUGGCUCGCGCAACGAGACGUACAGCGUCCGGGUCCGGUUUGACCCCAACGAGGUCGACCCUACCGGCCGCCUUGUGGCCAUUACUCAUGCCAACUGCAACUGUAUGUCUGCAUCGACCGACAUGCCCGGCCGGUGCAAGCACAUCCUCGCCCUGCUCCUGCACUGGCUCGACGAUCCGUCCGAGACCUCGUUUGUGGUGCCGGCGUACCAGGCGUUGCCAACCAAGUUCUUUGAGCGUCUCUUUGGCGUUUUCCUCAGCAAUGACGAUGCCACCACCGCCGCAGCUGCACAGGUCUGCUCGGUCUGGCGCACCAUGGUGGCCCGGUUUGGGACCGGUCGCUGGCACUCGGCCGUCUUUACGCCUCCGCCCGAGGGAGGCAGAGGUGGGCUGAUCAUCGCCCGCGCCGCGUCCGCCGUCUCAUUCUCGGGCCUCCAGCCGUACACCAUCGAGACCUGGUUGAGGCCGCGGACUAAGUCGAGCUCCGGCACGUUGGUGGCCAAGGUUGACCGCGGCGUCGGCGCCGAGUAUGCGCUCGAGCUCCACGACUCGGUCCUCCGCGUCUUUCGCAACAUCGAACCGUACGUGCUCGACGGGACGACCACUCUCGCUGUGAACCGCUGGUACCACGUGGCGGUCACCUUUAACCAGAUGUGGGUCCGGCUCUACCUCAACGGCGAGGAGGAGGCUGCCAUGUCGUGGGGCCCACACAACGCCGCCACCGGCAUCCCGCUCUGCAUUGGCGGCGUGCUCGACGCCGGCGUCCCGGCCUCUUUCUUUGACGGCGACGUCCAGGAAGUCCGCAUCUGGGCCGCCUCCCUCCCGCAAGCCCGCAUCAAGCAGUCGAUGUUUGCCUCGCCUGGCAGCGUCGUCGCCGCCGCCGUCGCCGGUGGGAGCUCGGCACCGCGGCUCGUCUCCCGCAUCCGGGUCUCGGCCGCCGCCGACGCGGUGGUCGACGAUGCCAACGGUGUGUCGGACCUCGAGCUCAUGGGGGCCGAUGAGUGCGUCGCUAUUGCUCGCGCCGGCUUCCAUGCCUUCUUUGGCCUGGCGCAGCGGGCCGCCGCGAUGGCAGAGCGAGCCCGCCGGGCCGAAGCCGGCAAGAGCAAGGGUGCUGACGACGCCGGUGCGUCGUCGUCCGGCAGCCACAAGGCCGUAACCACCGGCGACGGUGACGCCGACGUCGUCCUCCACAACGCCAUGCGCGAGCCGUGGUACAUCUUCCCGGACGAGGUGACCUUCGGCGAGCUGCUGGGCUCGGGCGCGUUUGGCGCGGUGCACGCGGGCGAGUGGCGAGCUGCGCCAGUGGCCAUCAAGAAACUCCUUGACGCCGAGAUGGGCGGAAAGGAGCGACUGGAGACGUUCCGUCGCGAGAUCUCGAUUGUGGCACGGCUUCGCGGCUCGCCGUACGUAGUCCAGUUUCUCGGCGCGUGCAUGCAUCCGACUGCGCACUUUAUUGUCACCGAGCUAAUGUCGAACAAGAGCGUCGAGUAUUGGAUCCGCAGCCCAGACAAGGUGCUGUCGGUGCCGGAGCGGGUGCGGAUGGGCCUCGACGCUGCGCGCGGCAUGCUCCACAUCCAUGCCGAGGGGCUCAUCCACGGCGACCUCGCGCUCCGCAACUUGCUCGUCGACGACACCUUCCGGGUCAAGGUGACCGACUUUGGCCUCUCGCGCGUCCGCACCGGCUCUCUCAACGAGGUUUCGCAGGCCAUGGGCACGCCAGUCACCAUGGCGCCCGAGCUCAUCCAGGGCCACGCCAUCUCGACCAAGGUCGACGUCUACUCCUUCGGCGUCGUGCUUUGGCAGCUCUACACUCGCGACGACCCGUUUCCGGGCCUUACUCCCAUGCAGGUGGCCUGGCGGGUGGUCAUGCAGGGCGAGCGGCCGGAAAUCCCGGCCCACACUCCAAGCUCGCUGACACAGCUCAUCGAGCGCUGCUGGGCUGCGUCGGCCGACGACCGGCCCGACUUUACCGUGAUUGUUCGCGAGCUCUCGCUCAUCGCGGUCCAGCCGCUGUAGAUGCCACUGAAAGGCGGCUCAAGCAAACUUAGUCUGUUCACACA